AUGGCCACGACUUACAAGAUUGUAACUCUACCCGGGGAUGGUAUUGGUCCGGAGGUCAUCGAGCAAGCCAGUCGGGUCUUAGACGUUAUCUCGCAGUCGGGAGAAGUGAGCUUCGAAGUGCAGGCUUGCGAUUUUGGUGGGAUCGCCAUCGACAACCACGGCACUCCACUUCCAGCCUCUACGCUUCAAGCCUGCCAAGCGGCUGAUGCGAUCCUCCUAGGUUCGGUUGGAGGGCCAAAGUGGGGCGUAGGCAAAGUCAGACCCGAGCAAGGCUUAUUAGAAUUACGAAAGACACUAGGCUUGUAUGCCAAUAUCCGGCCGGCACUGUUCCCGUCCGAGUCGCUUGUCCAACUAUCUCCGCUGAAAGACUCGAUUGCCUCUGGGACCGAAAUCAUCGUCGUGCGGGAACUGAUUGGCGGGAUCUACUUUGGGCAGCGAACGGAGGCGAGUUCCUUCGAAGCCGAUGGCGGCGAGGCAAGCAUAGCCAGAGACGAAUGCAGCUAUAGCGUCGCCGAAAUACAGAGGAUCGCUCGUGUCGCCGCCUUCUUGGCAAUGACCUCAACCCCUCCAAUGGCAGUCCACUCCGUCGACAAGGCCAACGUUCUCGCUACCUCUCGUUUGUGGCGCAAAGUUGUCACAGAUCUAUUUGCUAAAGAAUUCCCACAAUUGUCCUUGGACCACCAUCUCGUCGAUUCUGCCGCCAUGCUCAUCUGCUCCAACCCGAAGAAGCUAAAUGGGAUUGUCUUGACCGAAAAUCUCUUCGGUGAUGUUCUCAGUGACGAGACAUCAGUCAUUCCAGGCUCACUUGGACUGCUUCCUUCGGCCUCCUUAGCCGGGAUACCGGACCGGAAAUCGAAAUGUCUAGGUGUCUACGAGCCCAUCCACGGAUCUGCGCCUGACAUCGCGGGCCAGGGGAUUGCCAACCCAGUCGGCACAAUCUUGUCUGUGGCACUCAUGUUGAGGUACUCGUUGGGUCUCGACCGUCAGGCUGAGCAAAUUGAGCUUGCCGUCCGCAAAGUCUUGGAUUCUCAGGAAACAGGCGGCCGCGGCUUACGAACAGCUGACCUAAAAGGGCGCGCAUCUACUAAGCAGUUAGGAGACGCCGUCGUCUCGGCACUCAAAACAAUCUUAUCCUCUUGA